AUGAAGCAAAUUUGGCAAUGUUUAUUUUCACCGCGCCUUUAUAAGGUGUACCGGGAUGGGCCGAAAGAUUCGGUGUACCAGCCCGUGGGAUACGAGAAAUGGGGCGACAAGGUCAUCAUAACAGCUCAUGCGCUACUGAACAUUAGUUUAUACACCUCGCCGUUUAUCUGCUUCUAUAUUUACAAGCGUGGUUUCAUGUCGUUCGACGAGGUGAAGUCAAUGGGCCGGCUCUUUGGUGGCCUUUCUUGUCUGAUAGCAUUUUCCUUCCUAAUCCGAGCAUAUGGAAGGUCUCUAAACCCCAAGUAUAUGCAAUUUGUGAACACAAUUACCAACACGAUGACUGAUAAACAAGGUUAUUUGACUGACCUGCGGAAGUACGAUUUUGAUAUUAAAGCCUGGCCUGUAACUUUCAGUGUGGCAAGCAAAGAAGGUAGUACAAGUGAUCCUAUUAUAAAAAUGGAUCCAAUUGAUGAAGGGUUGAAAUGGUACCAACAUCAUCCUUUCCGAUACUGCUCCAACCCGGAUCUGCGAUUCUACAAGCGCAUCCCUCUUCAGAUCCUGGCAUUCGCCGCCGUGCAUACCUUCGGCUUGAGGCUCAUUUAUCCAGGAUCUUUGACCGUUGUCAACUCUCUGCUAUGGGCCGCACUCUUACAAGGCAGGACUACGCUCGUUGAAAACCAUAAUGGUAAGCGAGCCCGGAUUGGAACAGCUGACGGCAACACCAUCGAUACGAUGUUUGUGGACAACCGCACUCGCUCCCUUAAGGGUAAGAUUCUGGUUGUCUGCUGCGAAGGAAACUCUGGAUUCUAUGAGAUCGGCAUCAUGACCACACCCAUGAAGUGCGGAUAUUCGGCAUUAGGAUGGAAUCACCCUGGAUUCGCUGGAAGCAGUGGCCUGCCAUACCCGUCUCAAGAGCAUAAUGCGAUGGACGCUGUGAUGCAAUAUGCUAUCAACGAGCUUGGUUUUCGUCCUGAUAACAUUGUGUUGUUUGGCUGGAGCAUUGGAGGAUACACCGCUACCUGGGCUGCUGUCAACUAUCCUGUCGGUGCCUUGAUCCUGGAUGCGACCUUCGAUGACCUGCUGCCUCUCGCCCAGAACCAGAUGCCGCCAUCCUGGUCCCUUCUCGUGAAGGAGGUCAUACGCUCAUAUGUGGAUCUGAACAUCGCUGAUCUGAUCACCAAGUACAAUGGUCCGUGAAGAUAAUUCGACGCACUGAAGAUGAGAUUAUUAGCUUGCGGUAUGUACCCCACACACACAAAUACACUUGCACUGCUCUUAGCUAUUCAGUUAAUCACAUUUUGCUGACAAUUUAUUGUAUAGUUCACAGAGUUAAAGGUUUUGGGACUUAA